AUUCUCAUCGACUAAAGUAGUUAUUACAUGUGUUGUAAUUGAAACUUGAACGGCUAUCGUAGUUAAAUAAAUUAUCUAACCUGAAAAAAGUACUGUGGACGUAGAGCUAAAAAGUAAAUUGAAACAUUUAUAUUGUGUAUUUUAAAUUAUUAAAAGAUAAUAUUAAAAUAUUAUUAAAUGAUGGGUAAAGUUUGUGCAAUAAAAAAUUGCGAUAGUGGUCGCAAAAGUUUAGGUUCAAAGAAAAAUAUGCCAUUUUUAUCUUUUUUCCAAGCCACGGAAACAUCACAGCGAUUGGAAAAAUGGACUGAAUGUUUGGGUAUAAGUUUGAAAAAUUCAGACUACAUUUGUCAGAUGCAUUUUAAAGAUGAAGAAGUGAAAAAUUAUGAUAAUAUUAUAAUUGAUGGCAAAAGUAAUAUUCUGCCGUUAAAAAAAAAAAAAUUAUUAGAAGGAGCUUUGCCAACAGUCGAGCAUCAAUAUACAUACCAUUCAGAAUCACCACAACACCUUGAAGUACCUAUAAAUGUCAACAGUCAACCGAUACAAGUUCAUUUUAAUGAUAAUGAAGAAUAUCAACAACCACAGCAACAAAAAAUCUUAAACAUCAGAGACAAGGGGAUGCAGCAAGUUUUUGUUGAACAGCGUGGUUAUAAUGACUAUAGAUUCUCAGAAAUCUAUAAGAGACUUCAUAGAUCAAAUGAAAAAUGUUACAAUUUUGCCUGAAUUUUUGGUCUUUUUAAACAAGCCAAAUGGAUUAGAGUUCAUGAGAGUAGAUCCAGAAACCAAGCAGAUUAAAUAUCACAUACGUAUAAAUCACGAUCUAUCUAUUACAGUAAUAUGUUCAAAUUACGAGGAAAUAACUAUGGAUACAAAAAUUACAGCAUUGGAUGAUGUUUAUACUUACUUAAAGUCAGUUGAAAAAUGGCCUGUCUGCGUUGGUACUAUGAUAGAUAUUAAAAAAUACUCAAAGAACUGUAAAGGAGUUGUCGUAGGGUGUGAAAGUUAUCGCAGGAUGCAAAUGAAUCCGAGAUGCCAAUCUUGUCGUUAUCUACGCAAUGAAUUGCUAACCCGAAAAAGUGCAGUAAGCAGUUUCCUUGAAAAAUCAAUCGCAUGUAAAAGUCAGGCCAGAAACAUUAAGAAAAAAUGCAAGCGUUUGAAAACAGCGAAUAUUAGUUUCUGGUAUGGGAAUCGAACGAGAAGCAAAACAAAUAUAUUGUUUUCAGAUGCUUAAUAUUAUAACGUUUUCUCCAACAGGUUAAUUAACAGUACUCUACCCUCCAUACCACAAGAGUCAAAUCCCAAAACCUAACCUUAUUUGGUUAACGUAGUAGGUUUCCCUAUACUAAAUCACGUUGGAAAAAGAGAGACAGAGACAAAUUUUGAAUGUUUUUUAUUAAUAAAUAUUUUCAUAUGCUCGGAAACCAUACUGAUU